AUGACCCACAGCAUUGAUAUGUCGCCGCCGUCCUCUCGUCAGCAGGAUGUCGUCACCCUAACCUCCCUAUUGCGCAGAAGUUUCGGCCGCUUAUUGAGCAUAGAGCUGCUGACAUCCAUGUCGCUUCUGCUGUUGCUAGGGAUUGUGGGGUUCUCGGUAUCUUCGAGGGUGGACACUCCGUUUCUGCGUUACUUCAGGGCCGUUCAGCCUGCUCUUGUCACAAACCUCGACUUGGUCCGAAUCCUCGAUGAUCUCGUGGUCUUUGUAGCCAUCUUGCCACCCCUAAUGUGGCUGCUCCUCAUGCGUCACUUCACAAGAUCCUUAACGCUUACUUCUCGCACGGACGUUGCCCUGUUCCUCCUACGAGUCGCCAGUGGCUUCAUCCUGAGCAUCGCUCUAACCGUGCUAGUGACCGAGUGUUUCUCGAAAAGAGCUCUGCUGGCACUUGUGACUUCGUUCUAUGCCUCGUUGAUGCUCUUGUACUCGUGGGGUGUGAGGCUGUGGAAAUGGUACCAAGACGAGGUGCGCAGCAAGGGCAUUGUGACGUUCCUCCCUCAGUCCGUGCAAGAGCUACUGUUGCAUACGUCGCUAUUUGAAUGGCUUACAGACUCGAGUUUUUCCGACAAAGUUGCACCACUUCUCGUCUUUUGCUUGCCUCUGACGAGAUUGGAGCAGAUCAAGUUGAUGGAGCACCUGCCGCCAGAGUCUCAAGCUGUGAUGACGAAGCCCGGGAUGCUGUCGCUGCUGCCAGUUGCAAUGCAGAAAAUGUUACUGGCGGAAAACAACUGUGAUGGUGUGUGUGGAAACAACUAUGAAACGAAAAGGAGUCACGGCAUGUUUGAGACAGGACCGGUUGGGCAGCUAAAGACGGGAAAGUGUCAGCAUACACUUAUGACGGAGCCGCUUAAAGCGUCAACGAGUGUAUCGUUAACAAGUGCGGGAUUCGAUUUUCAUCGACCGGAUGUCGUUCGUACUGUCCACUCACCACCUUCACCAGGGCAGCUUUUAAACGAGAUUAUGGCAUCCAGGAUGCGAGACAAGUGCCAGGAGUUGGUAAAGAUGCCAAGUUCGAGAACAUUGGAUCGCAUGGCCGCAGUAUCGAGUGCACUGCUGGUGAUGCAGCUUUAUGCGUCGCAGAGAAGUCGAAAGGUCUUCCUGACACUUGUGCAGAUUGUAUCUGCGUCGGCAUUGAGCUCGGUUGCUUGUUGCGCGAUUUUCCUACGCUUUGUCCAGCUCCUGGAUGUGAGAUGGAACCUCAUCCGCGCGAUAUCGCUCCUGCAUUAUGUGCGGCCGUGCUUGUCGCGUCUCACAAACUCUGGGACACCGCAAAUCGAUAGUCAGCCCGCUCGCUCAGGUCCUGUGACGGUGCGCACGGCCGCUACUUCGGUCUCAAUGGUGGUUGCUGCUCUGUACGUUCUUCGCAAGUUAAGGCGCUGA